UUUCUACGAGACAUGGGAAAUUAUGAUUACUCGGUGAUAAAGAAAAAAAUGCUCUGAUAAUUUAGAUUCAAUAGCAAAACCUUCCUUAUUUUUUUGUGUUACAAAAAUAUGACUUUAGAAGCAUGUUUUAUGGUAUUAGCUAAGUGUUUUUUAAUUCAAAAUUCGUAGCUAAGUCGCGCUUUGCUGUAUCUUUGACCGUUAUUAUAGAAGCAGAGCUACAAUGGCUAACAAGAAGCUUGGAAAAGUCAUUAAUGUAUGCGUUGUUGGAUUAUCAGGGUAUGAUAUAAAAGAAAAGUGUUUAUAUGCAGUGGGAAAAUCAUGUUUUUGUAAUCGCUUUGUGAGACCAAAAGAAGAUGAGUACUAUCAAGGUCAUGCAUCUUUUUUCAGCACUUCUGAUUUUGUUGGAAGUGUCUUGAAUAAUGACCAUUUUAUUUACUGGGGCUCAGUAGAAAAAACUUUAGACGAAAAUACCACAAUGACAUUUAGGGUUAUCGAACAGACUGAGUUUAUUGACGAUGCUAGCUAUGCACCAUUAUCUAAGAGUGGUCAACUAAUACCUUACGUUAAGCGUGCUACUGUUACAAGGUUACAAUCUCCAGGUAAAAUUAUGUAUAUAAGCAGAGAUCAGGUUGCCCUUGAAUCAGAUUACGAAAAGGUACAAAUGGAUAGGGAUGGAAAGAUACAAAUCGAUGCUUUUAUAUGCAUAUAUGAUGUCAGCAAAACUUUAGCAGAAAGAGUGAAUAAUACGGAAAUACAAGAGGAGUUACUGUCUCGAUUAUUAUCAAGUAUAAGCAAGACGAAAAAGCCAGUUGUUGUUGUUGCAACAAAAUGUGAUGAAAGCAGUGAAGAAAUACUGCAGAGGGCACACAACUUUGUACAAAAGAAACUAUCAGCUCCAUUGGUUGAAUCGUCAGCAGAAUGUCAUGUUAAUAUAGACUUAGGUUUUCAAGCACUUGUUCACUUGGUGGAUACUAAAAGCCGAUACCGUGCAAAAUUUGUUAAUUUUAAUGAAGGGUUACUUGUGAGAAAAGAGUUCUUGACAAAGCUAGAUGAAAAAUACCUUUCUCUUGUCAAAAGUACAGCCACUGACUCAGCACUCUUAAUGAGUUGGGGAGAUUUCAAAAAAUCCUACAGCGAGGAAGAAGCUUUUACACAAUACAUCUCUUCAUGUGGUAUGCCAAAAGCCAGACAAAAAUUUAAUGAACAAGCAAAAAAGAUUAGAAGGCAUUACGAAGAUAAAAAGUUGAAUGAAUUCCUUAACAAGUUGCCUGAUGCAUUAGAUGAACUUUUACCAUCAUUACAAUCUAUUGAAUGGAAUUGGGAAAAUUGUCAGCAAGCAAUUAAGAACCAUAUUCUUUUUGAUAAAUGGUUUCAUGUACUUCCUAACGGAGAGAAAUGGAACUCUCCUGAGCGAUUAUUCACAACAACAAACAACAGAAUCCCAUUUGAUGUACUUCAGGUUGAACGGUCAAGAGCAUGUUUUGAUCGUCACAUCAAAAAGCUUAAAGAAUCUGCACUUAAAGCACACAUGAAAAAUGAAUUCAGAAAACUUUUAGAAUUGACGCUUAAAAUUCAACCAGGUACAAAUUGGUUAGAUGCAUCACAGUUGAUUUCCCAUGAAGAAAGUUAUAAAUAUUUGGAUGAAAACACACGCAAAAUGCUAUUUGAAACAUAUCUUCGAGACAUUACACUAAGAGCUAAACUUGAUUUUCAAGAGUUGCUUUUUGAAUCUGCCAGUAGAUUUUCAAAACUGAGCAAAGAUUCCAGACCAUCACCUGAAGAAAUGAAAAAUAUAUACAGUUACUUACAAGAUGACAUUAGAUACAAACGCCUCGAAAAUGUUGGUAACGCUAGAGAUAUUUUGUUGUUUAAUCAUAUGGCAUUAAUGCAAAGUCCAAAUCGCUGCUUAAGUGGUCCAGAGAAAUGUAUGGAUAGGUUGAUGCAGCAAGUUGUGGAAAUGACUGCAAGAACAACUGCUCACAAUCCUUAUGAGAAUGAAAUAUUCCGUGACAGUGAAGAUGAGUUGAUUAAUUUGCUUGUCCUUGGUAAAGAUGGUCUCGGUGAGGAGUUAGAAGAGAAAAUCAAGAUUGAGAGCUCAUCAUAUGAUAGUAUUGAAGUUAUUGUUGAUGGCCAAAUCUAUGAAUUGAAUAUCAAAGUUUACAAUAACUCAGAAGAGGACUUGGCACAAGUUAUUGCGGAUUUUAAGCCACAAGGAUACCUGGCUAUAUAUUCAAAAGCUGAUUCGUUUGAGUUUGUUGACACUUGUUUAAAAAAGAUUCAGGAAUAUGAAAGCAUCAAUCACAUGUCGUUACCUCUUAUUGUUUUACUGGCGAAUGAAACUGGCCGUGAUGACGAGAUUCAGAUGCUUCGAAACAGGGGACAAAACCUUGCUAACACCAUGGAGUGUAGCUUUGUUGAUUACCCUUACACUGUUUCACUUAUGGAUGAUCGUAUACACGAUUCGCAAGUUCAUGAUGCCAUACGUGGGAUAGUGGAUGUGAUUAAUCGAAGAGCAAGACCUGCUUCCACCCCCACGGGAGGUUGUGAAGCAGUUGCUGAUGUCAGGAUUUUGUUGUGUGCUAUGUGCGGUGAUGAAUAUCCCGUUGAACUGAUUCUUGGAACGAUGCUUCAGCAUAACACGUGUUAUUCGAACCCUGAGAAACAAGAUACAAUCAUGCUUGAGGCGGUGUUGGGUGGCGCUAGAAAAACAAUUUCAGUUACCCUUGGAUCAUAUCAUCGUGCUUACAGUUUAAAGGAUAAAAUGUUUCAUGGAUGUAUUUUGGUUUAUUCGGCUACCAGGUUGGCAUCGUUGGAAACAUUAAGGGCUUAUGCUUCGACACUUUAUCAAGAAGUUCCUAUGCAAGUAUUAGCCGUGACUGGCAGCGCUUCAGGUGCAAGCAUCAUAUUUCAUGAAGAGAAUGCUAUGCUUUUGUUAACAGAAGGAUCAAAUGUUGCAAGUAAACUUAGUGCCAAACUGCAGCAAACUCCACAAAAUCAAGCUGGAAAGUUUUUAACCUUUUUCAACAAUGUUUAUGACAAGCGCAGAGAUACAGAGCUCAUUUUAAAAGGCAUAAAACGGCGUCGGCAAGAACCUUUACCAAAAGUUCCUACUAGGUUUGGUGAAGUUGAUCCAGUAACCAAUGGCGACAUAGAAAAUGGAAUGUACGCAUCUAUAUCAGAUACUGGAGUACCAGAUAGCCCUUAUGUUGAAGUUGCUCUUCGUCAUUCCUUUAUAAUGAAUCAUAUUGAAAGUGAUUCGUCACCUUCAUCUCCAGAUCGCAAUCAUGUAUUGCUUGAUGAUCGCUCUCGAGCUUCAACUGUUGAUAGUCACGAUGAUGAUGGGGUGAUAAAUGUUGAUCAUGAUGAGUCAGGAUUAUACGCAAAAGUAAAUAAAAAGUUUACGUACAUUAAAAAAGUGGAGAAGCGAUUUUCAUUCGAGGAAGACGAUGAUGAUCUUGUUUGGCAAGAGAAUCUCGCAUAUGAUGCUGCCCAGGGUGGAGAGCCAACUAGAGUAAGCGUGUCAUCAAAUUUGGAUUCGCCAAGAAUAUCUGAUAGGCCUUAUGCCACAGUUCCAUUCUUACCGAAAGGACAUAAACCGAUUUUACAUGAUUUUGAGAAGUUUGCAACUUUGCCUGCUGAAAGUUCAAAGAAGGGUUGGUAUGAACCAGAUUAUGCUUCCAUAGAACAGAUUAAAUCUCAGAUUAACUCGAAUAAAGAUCAAGGAUAUGAAGCUGAUAGUUUAAGUAGUGUGUCUUCCAAAAGCAAAGAGUCAGCUGGUUCACAGUUAGAACUGCGUGAUUUGAAGUCAUCCAGUCAGUCAAAAGUUCCACUUAACUCUCCAGGAAGUAGUUCAAGUUUGCAAAUGAUGUGGCAGUAUCCAGAAAAGACUGAAGAAAAACCUGUAGCUCCUCUUGCAAAAAAAGAUGAUGAUGAAAAUGAUGAGAUCAAAGAACUGCGUGAAAAAUUAAGUGAAACUUUAAUUGUUGACACCCCACGUAGCAAAAGUGUAUCACCGCGAAAAUUUGGUGAUCAAUAUAAAGACAAAAAGUCACGAAAAGGACGUUCCGAAAGCAACAACAGCACAAGUUCACUUGAGGUGCGAAAUCAGAGUUUCAUAAAGAAAUUAAUGAAUAAAGUGUCACCCAACCCAUCUCCAAUCAACUCGGACGUGGAUCUUGAUCAGUCAGAAGUAGUUGUGGAAUCACCACGAAAGAAACGUAGGAGUAAACGUCUGAAACAAAACCUAACUUCGACCAGCACUCCAACAGUUGUAGUAAAUGAAGCCGAUGCAAGUGGAAAAGAUCGGUCAAAUACUUUACCUGUUAUUGACAGUCCAAAACACACACCAAAGUUCGCAUCAUUAGACAGCAAGAAAAAGCUGAAAUUGCCAUCGUUUAUGAAAAACGUACCGGAAAUCAAUUUAACGGUGUCAACACCAGCUGAACAAGAAAAAUAUCAUACUUUAGAUCUCAGAAAAAAUAAAAAUAACAAAAUUGAAAAACCAACCAAGGAAACAAGAGAUGAUCUGUAUUUGUCAAUAGGAGGUUCAGGGGAAAAAAGAAAACCACAAAAAAAGAAACCAUCUCUGAGAUUUCCCAAGGGUUCUCGUCCAAACAAAACUCGUAAACGUGAUUCAGACAUUUCAAAUAAAGUCAAUGACUGGCAACAGAAGAAACUUAAAAACCAGAAAUUUAAAUCCAGUAAUUAUUUUGGUCGACCGUUGAAAGAUAUUUGUCCAGUUAAUAGUGCAUGUCCACUCUUUGUGAAAAGUGUUAUUGCGCAUGUAGAAGCAAACGGUAUGCAAAGUGAAGGUAUAUACAGAUUAAGUGGGAAGAAACCAGAUAUAGAUGUCAUAAUGGAAAAAUUUGAAGCUAAUAAUAACAUCAGUUUACAAGAACUUGGUGUUUCUGUUCACGCCAUUACAGGAGCACUUAAAAAUUUCUUUAAACUUUUACCUGAUCCGCUGAUACCAUAUGAAUUCGGAUGUAAAAUUAACGACAUUAUGAUUCUUAUGGAUGCAGCAGAACGUUUGAAGCGGUUACGCUCGCUUGUCAAUAGUUUACCAUCAGCGAAUUUAGAAGUUUUCAAAAUGUUUAUGUGUCAUCUAAAACGCAUCACUGAAUACAAAACGGUGAAUAAAAUGGAUGUGCGUAACUUGCAAACAGUUCUCUAUCCAACACUCCUUCGUCCUAAUUUUGAUUCCUUACAAAACAUGAGUCAAAACAUGAACAUGGGCUUGUUUAUUCAAACAUGUAUCGAACAAUCUGAACACAUAUUCGAAGUGAGCGAGGAAGAUGAGGAUACUAAUAUGAAAGACACUAGUGAACAAAUUGAUGGAGAUAAUCAAGAUGAUGGAGGAGCUUUAGACAUAAAUACAGACAUGUCUGAUCUCCUCCCUACUUCUACUUCUCCCGAACUCUCAUUCUCUGAAAGUGUGUUAACGGACCCAGGGAUGGAGAACUUAAUAAAUCUUAGACCGCCUGUUGAUAAUAACUUCGAAAGUAGCAUGGAGGUGGAGUCUAAACUUGAGAAAAGAAAAUCUGUUGAAACUGCGAUUUAAUAGCAGUUGUAUGUAGUUGUAUUAAAUUAUUUUCAGUGUGACCAUGCAUACACGUAGUGUGACCAUAGUAUUAACAAUAACAUAUUCCUUCCUUAUCUAUCUGUUACAUAUCUCCUGUGGUGAAGAGAAGCCUAUAUAAAGACCUGACUAACUGCACUCCGUUAUUGUGCUGAUUUUUAAUUUCAGGGUAAAAAGGAGGGAAUAGGUCAUUAUUUUUCUUCUUGUUUUCCUCAGGAUAUAGUAAGACUUCUCAUUGUGAUUAAGGCUUCGUGUCCUUUUACCAGAUAUACUAAAGUUAACUUUACGCUGCAUCUACACUUUGAAAACCCUUGUUGACUUCUAAUUCGCACGUGAUCAGAUUUUCCAUUAAAAGAUGCAAAGUUAAGCUACCGUACAAUCCAAUGUUAAGGAUCUGUUGUAAGUUUAAAUACUAAAAAUACCGAAUACUUCUUGACAAAUUAGAUAUUCCCUUGGUAGGCUUCAAACUUCUAGUUGCACGUUGCGAAACCAUUUUUCAUCGAAUGCAUGGUUUUAGUUUAUUUUUAUACAAUAAAAUAUUUUUUUGGUUCAAAUCUAUUUGUAUUCCGCUUGUAAUUUAUUUGUCAAUGUUCUUUUUAUUUGUCAAUGUUCUUUUUAUUUGACCUUACUUUAUUAAUUUUAUUUUUUGCUGACAGUCAGCAUAAAUUACUAUCUACUCUUUCUUGAUGUAUAUCUCACGAUGCACUUUUUUCGCAUCUUCUGAAGUUUUAGAUUUUAACGUUUUACUCUUUUUUGAGAAUUGUUGCAUGUGGAGGAGAGCAUGCUCUCCAUUGUGAUAUAAAUAUGUAUGACGUCAUGCCAUGCCAGCAGUUCUUAAAACACUUUUUUUUAACCCAAACUUAUUUUCAUUCUUGUAACUUGUUUGCUUCAGUUGUUUUCACACCAUACUCUAUUGUUAACGGUCGUUUAAUCAAGAAAAAUUUGAUUUAAAUUUCAAUGUAUGACUUUUAACAGGGUUUCCAGGGCUCAAAAUAAACGAAUUAUAA